AAUUGGUCGAGCGGAGAGGCAGCAGCGGGAGCGGCAGGAGGAACCGGCCUGGCUUGGCUUGCCUCUCGGCUGGCGGGCAGGCGGGCGAUCCUCCCGGCGGAGCGGUCAUGUCGUUGCUGCAGUCGGCGCUGGAAUUCCUGGCCGGGCCGGGCUCCUUGGGGGCCGCCAGCCGAGACCAGAAUGACUUCGUGGGGCAGGUGGUGGAGAUGGGCGAGAUGAAGCUGCGGAUCAAGAGGGUCAUCGCCGAAGGUGGCUUUGCUUUUGUAUAUGAAGCUCAGGAUCUUGGAAGUGGCAAAGAUUAUGCUUUAAAGAGAUUAUUGUCUAAUGAGGAAGAAAAGAACAAAGCCAUCAUUCAAGAAGUUUGUUUUAUGAAGAAGCUGUCUGGCCACCCAAACAUUGUCCAGUUCUGUUCGGCUGCAUCGAUUGGAAAAGAAGAAUCAGAUACAGGCCAAGGGGAGUUUUUGCUGCUAACUGAGCUUUGUAGAGGGCAACUAGUGGAAUUCUUAAAGAAAGCCGAAUCCAAAGGCCCCCUCUCAUGCGAUACGGUGCUGAAGAUAUUUUACCAGACCUGUCGAGCAGUUCAACACAUGCACAAGCAGAAACUUCCUAUUAUUCAUAGAGAUCUAAAGAUCGAAAAUAUGCUGAUGAGUAACCAGGGGACCAUUAAAUUGUGUGACUUUGGCAGUGCAACCACCGUAGCACAUUACCCAGACUACAACUGGACUGCCCAGAAAAGAGCAACCGUUGAAGAGGAGAUCACAAGGAACACGACACCAGUGUAUCGGACACCUGAAAUAAUAGACUUGUAUUCAAAUUAUCCAAUAGAUGAAAAACAAGAUAUAUGGGCUUUGGGUUGCAUCCUGUACUUGUUGUGCUUUAGGCAACAUCCUUUUGAAGAUGGCGCCAAGCUUCGGAUAGUCAAUGGGAAAUAUUCUAUUCCAGAAAAUGACACGAGAUACACAGUGUUUCAUGAUCUCAUCCGCGCCACUUUGAAGGUGAAUCCAGAGGAGAGACUGUCCAUUACUGAGCUAGUGAAUCAACUGCAAGAGAUUGCAGCUGCUAGGAAUGUAAACCCCAAAUCCCCCAUCACAGAGCUUCUGGAACAAAAUGGAGGCUAUGGAAAUAAUGCUCAGCCCAGAACAUCAUCUCCUCUAGUGCCACAAAACUCAAAACCUGCAGGGCAGCUCAGCAAUAUGUACAAUGCAGGUUUGACAGUAGCAGAAUGUGACCAGACCUAUGCAGGAUUCUUCGAUAUUCUCAGGGGCGGGACAGAGAGGCUUUUCACAAAUAUUAAGGACACGUCUUCGAAAGUCAUUCAGUCUGUGGCCAAUCCAAGUUAUGCAAAGGGAGAUCUGGAUAUAUCAUACAUCACUUCCAGAAUUGCUGUGAUGUCCUUUCCAGCAGAAGGUGUUGAGUCUGCCAUAAAGAACAACAUAGAAGAUGUGCGUUUGUUCUUAGAUUCAAAACAUCCUGGCCGCUACGCUGUUUACAAUCUGUCUCCCAGAACGUACAGGCCUUCAAGAUUUCACAAUCGGGUGUCUGAAUGUGGCUGGCCAGCAAGGCGUGCCCCAAGUCUUCAGAACCUUUAUACUGUUUGCAAGAACAUGCACGUAUGGCUGAAGCAAGACCCAAAGAAUGUUUGCGUCGUUCACUGCCUUGAUGGAAGAGCAGCAUCAGCUGUUGUUGUCUGUUCUUUUCUGUGUUUCUGUCGUCUUUUCACUACUGCUGAAGCUGCUGUUUAUAUGUUUAGUAUGAAGCGCUGUCCCCCAGGUAUCUGGCCAUCACAUAAGAGAUAUAUUGAAUAUAUGUGUGACAUGAUGGCAGAAGAACCCAUUAUCCCUCACAGCAAGCCAAUUCUCAUCAAAUCUGUCGUCAUGACCCCAGUCCCUCUUUUCAGCAAACAGCGCAAUGGCUGCAGACCUUUCUGUGAAGUUUAUGUUGGGGAUGAAAGAGUUGCCACAACCUCACAAGAAUAUGAUAAAAUGAAGGAUUUUAAAAUAGAAGAUGGCAAAGCAGUAAUCCCAUUAGGCGUAACAGUCCAAGGAGAUGUACUUGUUGUAAUCUAUCAUGCCAGGUCCACCUUAGGUGGCAGACUCCAAGCCAAGAUGGCAUCAAUGAAGAUGUUCCAGAUCCAGUUUCAUACAGGAUUUGUCCCUCGGAAUGCCACAACUGUGAAAUUUGCAAAAUAUGACCUGGAUGCCUGUGACAUUCAGGAGAAGUAUCCCGACUUGUUCCAAGUGAAUCUAGAGGUUGAAGUGGAACCACGGGACAGGCCCAGCACUGAGCGAGCCCCUUGGGAUAACUUGAACAUCAAGGGUUUGAACCCCAAGAUCCUUUUCUCCAGCCGUGAGGAACAGCAAGAGAUUUUAACGAAAUUUGGUAAGCCUGAACUGCCCAGACAGCCAGGGUCAACAGCCCAGUACGAAGCAGAGGCAUCCAAGUCUGAACCGUCUUCUGAAAGUACACCUGUGGAGCCAGAAUCACCACAGAGCAGCGGCAUGGAGGCCAAUUUCUUCCAUACGCUGGACUGGCAAGAAGGCAGAAAUGCUGAAGGGGGCCCUGAGGCUCACUUUUCCAAAGGAAGUCCUGGCCCUAUUGAGGAGAGGGAGGACAGUGAGCUUUCUGAUGAAGAAUUUGCUGCCUUUCCUGGUGAUGUCAGGCCAGCUGAGGAAGAGGAAGAACGCACGCCAGACAAGGAAGACGACGAACAGCUUUUUGAAGCUGACUUUGACACUCCAGCUGCUCCGGCAGAAGAGAUUCCUGUGGAAGACAGUGUUGAUUUGCUUGGGUUGGAUUCAGAAGCACCCCCAGAAUGCCUCCAGCCUCCUUCAGAAAUGAAGAGCUCUUCAAGCAAUGCAGACUUGCUGAACGACCUGUUUGUGGGUGGAACGGCCGAGACUUCCAGAGACUCUACUGCAGACCUUCUGGGAGGAGGGGCGGAUUUCUUUUUCGGGGGCCAGUCCCAGUCCUCGACACAACCCCCAGGAAGCAGCGCGCCCUCAGCAGGAGCUGCCUCUGCUUCUGGAGCGGAUCCAUUUGACCCAUUCACAGUCACGCCAGACAAUCCGUCUCUUGCUGGUCCCGACCUCUUUGGCGACUUCCUCAGUCCAAAUGCGGCAACUAUAUCCGGUAUGUUUCCUUCCGCACACAGUGCACCACCUCCUUCCUCCAGCACAGAAUUCCUUAAUUUAGGAGGUUUAGCACCAGACCCACCUAAAAUAGCUUCUUCUGCAAGCCAGCCUGACCUUCUAGGUGGCUGGGAGUCUUGGGCAGAUUCCCCUUCAGUUGGUACCUCGGCACCAGUGGCACCGAAGAAGGCCACUUUGGAAGGCCAAGCUUUUACGACAGGCGGUCCAACGAGUGUUUCCUCAGGCCUUUCAUUCAGUCAAGCAAAAUCACAUAACUUUGACCCUUUUGCUGACCUUGCUAACCUGAAAACAGGCCUUCCAGGUAUCUCUAGUGGAGGAUUCCCAGCUGGCAGUUUCCCUCCAAAAUCCACUCCGUCUCAGAAAGCAGGGAAUCAGUGGCAGGCAACCAAACCACAGGCGGCGGCAGGCACAUCAUGGCAAUCCCAAGCACAGCCGAAACCACCGGAACAAGCCAAGCCAAGCGCCCAGCCAAAGCCCAACUACACGGUGAACUUCAGUGUUAUUGGAGGGCGGGAAGAGAGAGGCAUCCGAGCCCCUGGCUUUGGACAGAAGCCCAAAGUUUCAGAAAACGAUUUUGAGGACCUUUUGUCAAAUCAAGGGUUUGCAGCGAAAUCUGACAAAAAAGGACCAAAGACCAUUGCAGAGAUGAGAAAGCAAGAAAUGUCUAAAGAUAUGGAUCCUCUAAAAUUAAAGAUUCUAGAUUGGAUUGAGGGAAAAGAGAGGAAUAUAAGAGCUUUAUUAUCGACUCUUCAUACUGUGCUUUGGGAAGGUGAAACCAAAUGGAAGCCUGUCGGCAUGGCUGACCUCGUGACUCCAGAGCAAGUGAAGAAGUUCUAUAGGAAGGCAGUGCUUGUGGUUCAUCCAGAUAAGGCCACGGGGCUACCUUAUGAACAGUAUGCCAAAAUGAUCUUCAUGGAACUGAAUGAUGCGUGGUCAGAAUUUGAAAACCAAGGCUCAAAAUCCCUUUUCUAGUGCACCUCCUUUGCGAGACGAGGGAGUAGCUUUCAAAAUGUAUCGGCACCAAAACCGAAUCGUGUGUGCUGUUCGUGUUCCCUCCGUAGAUCGAGGAGCCUGUCUCUGUGUGGGGGAUAUUUCCCGGUUUUUGCACACAUUGAAACUCAGCACUCGCAAACACGGGUGUUUCUUGCAGGGUGUAGAAUCCAAAAGAUUACACCGGUGGCACUCUGCUCCAUCAGUAUGAGGAAGCUUCUGCCCUGGGAGUGCAAAGUUCCAGGCCAGCUGAGAUGGGGUGGAAUACGCCUCUAAUUCGAAUACUAGCUGUUGGCCUGGGCAAAGUUUGCUGUGGGGAACAUCAUCCACUUUGAAUCCUGAAUUAUUAAUUUAACUCCCCUCCCCUCCCCACCCCCAUAUUUGAAGAAACACACAACCUCUUGUUUGCAUUUCUGUUCCCCCCCCCCAGGUAGUCCUUGUGAUUUUUCAUUUUGCUAUUAACUUGUUGGCCUUAUUCAAAGUGCUUUAGUUUCCGUAUCAGCUUUGCGUUUGCUCAGCGUCUCUUGUUUCUGUGAGAGGUGUACAUUUUCUUCUUCUUCUUCUGUAUUUUAUGUAAUCAUUCCGAUAAUCAUCCUGUAAAUAAUUAAAGUGUUUUUCUGACAACACCUGCAUUCCUUACACUGCAUUGACAGUUGCUUAGCCAAAAUGCUCCUGUGGGGUGAAAAUUUGGCUAAGGCAACUUUUGGGAGGGGUGGGGUUGAAUCUAUGAAAUAGAAACACGGGGACGGAUCUGGGCUUUAAUUUAAGAACUGCAUGGCCUUGCCUUAUUUAUCAUGGUUUUUGGAGGCAAGACUAUGCUAAGUGUUAAUUGUAGAGUGUUAAUUUGAAACUAUAUGCAUCAUCUCUUUCCCUCCUUAGUUUACUGAAUGGGAGGUGUCUGUAUCUUCUGUUGGCAGUUAGCAUAUGUGCUGACAUCCAAAAUGUGAGCGUAGUGGUUUUUUGCUUUGGUUUUUAUUGAAUGAAACUGAGUAAAUGUUGUGUCGUUAGCUGCCAUUUUGAAAGUGUGUGCAUGUUUUUGUCAGCCAUGGAUAACUCCUGCUCACAGGUUUGAUAGUUUGUGGAUUAAGAUGUUUGUGUGUGUGGUUCAAAAGUCCAUAUAGUUCUCACUGUCUUCAAAACAGCCUCAGACUUCUUUUACCUUUUGAUCCCCUGGCUAGUUGUAAAAGAAAGGGAUCUGUGCUUUCUGUUUCCUUCUGUAAACUGAAGGGUUUAAUACAAUACUCAGUGCUGAGUAUUAGGAUUCACUUUAUGCAAUCAGCAUUAUGGUCUAGAGAGCUUGUGUUGGCCUUGUAACUAUUGUCAUUCAAGUUGCUUCAAGUGGGAUCUGCCUCCAAGUCAUCAUCAUAGUUUGUUCAGCUGGUUUUAAAGCUUCUUCACUGAAACAACUGAUUUGGAAUAGUCAGAGAGGAGUAUUUUUCAGAUGCUGAGCUUCUGGACAAAUUUCAUAUAGAGCUCAGUGAACUGAGACUUCACAAAGACCUGGCUUUUAAUUCUCAGAUGACCUGUUCUGUUCUUCAAAGGAGUGGAUCAAGGGGGAUUGGUUGACUGAUGCAGAAGUUGCCAUUAUACAACCUGUCUUCUUGAUUGUAGAUUGUACAGCCAGGUAAUAAAAGACUCCCAAAUUUUGGUCAACCUGGGAAAGGAGUACAAACCCAAAGAUUGUUGAAGUGUGGAGUAUGUGUGUGCCAUGUUUUUUUUUAAUUGUCAUUUUUAUUUAAAUGAAACUGCAGGCAUUUUUUUUAGAAAACCUGCAUUGUAACUCAAACUGGUUAAGACUAUUGGAAAGGAAAUCAGAUGCUUGGGCAACCAGUGAGCUGACCUAUUGACUGUGUCAACUCAAAUUCGCACCCAUCCCUAAUGUCAAUGUUAUACAGACUGUUAAAUCAGUGGAUUGUCAUUCUCUCAUGAUAUAUACUUGGAAAACAAGGUGGUGGUGCUUUUCUUAGGGAAGACACUCAACCACAUUGGGAUGUGGUUGAACAUGGCCUCCUUCUCUUGUGGCAUUGGGUGCCAAACAGCUAUAUGAGCCCUGUGAUGAGGCAGCUGCGCUGAGUUAUGUGUUAACAGUUAUUGGUUGCUUAACUUUUUGGGGGGGGGGCACAGAACUCAUGUGGAUUCCACGUUGCUCUGGAUGGUACUUGGGCUAUCCAAACAUUGCCCUAUAAGGAACUUUCUGAAUUUGGUUUUCAUGAACUCGAACUGCCUUUCAUUCAAGGAGCCAUUCAAAAUCAUCCUGUAUAGAUUCCGUCAGUAGGGUUUUUAAAACAGUUUUUAUUUAUUAUAUGGGUCUUAGUUGUCCAGUGUUGAUGAAUGAGCUGAAUUCCCCAAUGCCUUUGAGAAUUGUAAAGUGGCUGAGAAGACCAUAUCAGUCUUGAAGGUUGAAGAGGAAUUCAGAAGGUUAGAGCUGUCAAAGUUUUCAGUCAACUGGGCAGUGUGGUGAUGGCAACUGCUGGAAAAGAGCACUUUAUAUAAGAAAUUUUGGGAGCGUAAAUUAAGGGGUCACUGCAGUCCAUGUUGCACCGCAUUUCUUCCAGCUAUGGAAGAAUGUCUCCUUGCAAUAUUUGCUUCUCUGAGAAGAUUCUGGUUUUGAGAGAACUUGGCCUAAAGAACAGCACUGCAUUUAAUAGUACAAGUUCAUGUUCAGUGUUCCUAUGCCGACCCCAUGUUCAUGCAAAAGGUCCGGUAAAGGAGGUCAUACUGUUGUGAUAGGCAGCAUAUCACGUGGGCCAGCCAUAUUCCAGAUUCCACUUUUUUCAGCUGCCUUCGAUUCCAUUUUGCAGGAAUAUGUGGUCUAAUGGAUGGGAACAUCAGCAUUGUGGUAUAGGAUACCAUACUGUGUGUAUACUAUUAGAAAACACAAUUGAAAGGAUAGCUAACCCAAGAGGUCUUUGCUGAGCUGCCAGCUGGCAUUGAAAAAUGGACAUGUUUGCUAACGCAUUCACCAUGUCUGGUGCUUUGUUUUGCCUGUAGUAACUCCGGGCACAACCACAGUUGCAAGCAGGGCCUAGAAAUUUUCUCUUUUGAGGAACCUGCUGAAUGUAACUCAGUAUCUCCCCCCCACCCCCACCCCCGUUUUUGUCUCUUGGUGGAUGGAACUAGUUUUGGAGAAGAUGUGUAUAAAAUUUUAAUGAACACAGCUCUCCUGUUUUAAAAAACAGCCUCGCAUCAAAUUCCUUCUCCCAGUGUAAUCUGUAAUAAAGCUAUGUCUUGUUGUCAGGUUCAUAUCAGCGAAACUUCCCACAUACUUUCAGGAUGUUUGUAGCAAACAUGAAGAUUACAGAUUACUGGCUUCUUUCCAUGCCUCACCCCCCCCCACUCUGAAUUAAAUGCCUUUUCAUAACUCUGCACCAUGUUGUCUUCUGAUGCUGCAAGUGCAGCAAAUUAUUUUGCAGGAAGACUCUCCCGAGCAGUUGUUCUACAAAUAUCAGAACGUGGUUACAGACAGAAGAAGUCUAUUUCACCUCCUUCCAGAAUAUGAAGUUUUGUUGCUGCUUGAAGCCAGCAUAGGCCAUAUAAUUUGGGGAUGGAUAAUUAAAUGCAUAUCUCUUGCUUUAGGAAAAAUCCAUUGUUUUGGAUGUUGGCCAUUCUGGAACGUUGUCUUAACCUAACAGAAGAUUUGGGCUUGUUGGGAAGGUCCCAUCAAGAAUUCCUUUGCAUGCCGUGGGACUUGUAUCUGAUGUGUGAUGCCCUGAGCCCCCGGGGAAGAAAGGAAAGAAACAUUUUAAAUAAUUUUUGCAUGGUUUGAUUAGUAUGUAUUAUAUCGCAUGGAAUAGGAAAGAAACAAGAAACAGACCUUUGCUUGAUGGAGUUUUCAGUUUUAAGUUUUAAUGGGGAACAGGGACCAAAAAGAGGAAGAGAACAGAAGAGAGACAGUUGUCAGGUGGGAUAACAAACUUCAGCAGUGGCCAACUUUAAUGGUCGAUGCUGUGGGUGACAGGACACCUUCUUUUAAAAGACUGCUUUGCUCCUGUUGAAUGCUUGUGACUGAGAUAAAAAUAGGAGAUGUGUAGGAACAAAUGCUGAAGGCUCAAACUAUUUAAAAAAAUCUUCAGUUUUCUGACCACCACCUUUAUUGAAGUUUUGGUAAACGGAGGAUGUGUUCAAAAGUAGGCAGUUCAAAGACUGAUUAUUUUAAAGUAAGGGUGGGUGAGCUUUGAAGAUUCCCCCCUCCCCUCCAAAAUUGCACAGCCAGAAUUGGUAGCAGACUCCUAAGAUCUAUUGCAACAGGCAGAAGAUGCUUGUUUUAAGUGUUCUUGAAGGGGCCGGGGAGAAGUGGUAAAAGCAGGUGGGAAAGCCAAAGAAAAAUUGUACCUGGAAGUAACUGGAAGUCUACCUCUGGUUUUGACUAUGGGAUGUCAAGAUUUGGGAGGCUUUGAAAGGACUCUGUGAUGCCCUGAAUGCAAAAUCCAUCUCUCCAGGAACAAGAAAACAUCUUUUAAUAUAUUUUUAAUUGCUUUGGGGGGGGGAUAGGGGGCCAGAGGGGCCACAAAAAAUAGCCAUGAGACUGCAUGCCAGCCACACAUCACCUAUGUGUUUUCUACCUGUUCCAGUCAAUUCCUGGGGUUGAAAACCAAGAAAGAUGCUUCCUACUAACUUAGGCCAUUGGUCCAUCUCAGUCAGUAUGAUUGACAGUAGCCUUCUUCAACCUGCUGUCCUCCAGGUAUACUGGAUUGUUAAGUCCCACCAUGUGUCAGUGUGGAGUUGCAGUCCCAAUUCAUCUGGAGAGCACCAGCCAUGGAUUGAACCCAAGACAUUCUGCGUGCAUUGCUUGUGCUCUCCUACAGAGCUGUGCUGUCUUCCCAUGUAGCUUAAAAAGAAGGGCUGUAGCCUAGCAAGACAGCCCAAGCUGUACCAAAAAAGAACUUUACCCUAUUGUUGGCCCCGAAUUUGCAAAACUCAGUAGGAUGUCUGUGUACCUCCCCGUACACAGUCAACUCUGGCUGGAGUUAAGAAACUGCAUGUUCCAUUCAUGUCGUUAGAAGAGCCCACCAGGGUUUCCCCCCCCCAAACUGUUCCAUGCUGCUGCUCUUCUGUUUCAGUUCAGUUGCAGCUGCAGGUCAGUGAGGAAUUACUCUUAAGGAUGUAAUGCCCUUCGUUGGUCUUUCAGACCCUCUAAGAAUGUAAUUAAUAUUUAUCAUCUGAAUUUGCUAACUCGGCACCCAUUUUUGUGACUUCCCUUUUCUUGGCCUGCUGCUCUCUCAGAGGCUCUGGUGCUGUAAAGCAUGUUGAAGAGUGUGUUGAACCCGAAUAUUUCUUGUCGAGUUUCUUCAGCAAUUCUGUGACCUCUUUCCAUAUUGCUUUUCUUCCAGUGUUAUCUCCUCCUUACCACAAAGGGAUGCUUGAUAAGAACAAGUAACCAAGAAAGCAGUAUUGUGGAAUGAACUCUGUAAACCGUUAUACUGCUUGUCUGUUUUAUUUCUUUGUUUUAAAUAACCCCCUUGGAUAGUUAUUUGACAUCUUUCCCUUAUCCAGUGAACAGUUGGGCUUAUGUGCAGAUGGAAUAAAUGCAUGUACAUAAGCAGUGAUCCAUGUUCAGGCCAAGGCUCCUGGACUAAAACCAUUCUGGGAUGUAUAUCGCCCAAGCAGUUUAUACCAGAAACAGUAAUGUGGCACAUGUGAGGCUAAAUAGUUUUAAUUUUUCAUAAAUUUGCACGUCUAAGCACACUUCUUCUGAAGAAGUGUGCUUAGACAUAUGAAGGCAUAAGCUGGUGAGUCUUGUGGGUGCUACAGUACUGUCUCCGCCAGUGUAUAUUGUUAUUCACCAGACUUAUCAGGGCUACCUGUUAUUGUACAUUUUUAAGCAAGGGUCUCUGCAGAGAGUGGCAGGAGCUGGGAAUAAAGACUGCCUGAAAGAAGCCGCCAGGUUUACUAAUAUUUAUGCCUGGGCAGUCCAGAAAUCUCCUCCUCUCUGCCAAUCAAAUGAUUUUGCACUUUUUUAUAUCUGAAGAGAGUUGGGGGCAGGCGAUGGUUAAGGCCUGGGUUAGCUGAAACCUAGGUGCCUCUUCCAUGUUGAUAUUCUUAUUAUGAACUGGAGAACCCUAGGCGCAUAAGAGCUCUUUUCUUUCUUUUUCACUUCCACAGUUAUCACUUUUAUUUCAGUUGAAAUUUUCUCUUGUUUUAAGGUGCAAGUAGAUAUUUUGGAUUAUAAGGAACUCCCACUCACUUUGGACUGCCUCGUUCUCCGGCGCAGUAGCCACAAGCUAACUGUAUUAAGGCAAUAAAAAAAGGAUUUAUCAUUCCCACAGGGGAUGGGGGUGGGGAGAGAGACAGUCCGGUUUCCGCAUAUUUCCCCUUACUUUGCUUCAUUUCAUGUAACCUGGGCACCCCCAGAUUUUAGAAGAAAAAUCUUCUAAAAUAAAAAUCAAAUCAAAGCAGGAUUUUGCGGCAUCUUGGACACUUUUGGAAAUCCGUCCUUUGGUGAAUGUACUGUAUAUUGUCUUACAGAACUGAAGAACAUGGACUGAAUAAGGAUUUUGCUCACUAUUAUAUAACAUCAUCAUUUCAAGUCCUUGUUAUAAAUUGUGUUGUGUGUUGGGGUGGGGGAAUAAGUGGAUGGGCAAAAGGGAAACAAAUCUUAUUUUUGUCUUCACUGGGGGUGGGGAAUUGCUGUGUACUGAUUAAGUUUGGUAAAGGUCAAAUGCAAAAAGUAUAAAUGUAUAUGUAUAUAAAAUGAACAGUGUUGCACCUUGUAAACAAUUAUGGAUAAUCUAUUUGAAUGUUUGGCACAUCAUGUCAAAGUAUCUUGCUUUGAAGUUAUGAUGAUUCAAUGAUUAAAAGAAAUCAAACAUAA